GAAGACCGCAGGCGAGACUUAGGAUUCCGACUGCCCGAAGCAGAUGACCAAGGGAGUUGUACGGAGGAUGGCCAGGUGUACCCCAACAAUGAGAUCUGGAAACCGGAGCCGUGUAAGCUGUGCGUGUGUGACAACGGCCUGGUCAUGUGCGAGGACAUCCGCUGUGAGGAGAUCACCAACUGCGAGAAGGUGACCAUCCCCGAGGGCGAGUGCUGCCCCGUGUGCCAGAACUACGCCAGCGCAUCUGGGAGGACACAAUUUAUUGCAUAUCAUUUGAGGGGACAAAAAGGAGAACCAGGUGACAUUCCCUAUGUUGUGGGACCAACAGGCCCUCCUGGUGCACCGGGAAUCCCUGGUGCUGUUGGAUCAAGAGGUCGCGCAGGAACCAAAGGCAGACCCGGUUUGAGGGGACCACCUGGGUUUGACGGCGAGCCAGGAGUACCAGGCAACCCAGGCCAGCCAGGACCUGCUGGACACCCCACUCCAGGAAGCCAAUUGGCUAUGCAGAUGGGGUCAGGCUUUAGUGAGAAAGCUGGAUUGGCAGGGAUGAUCUCAGGAACCAGGGGUGAGUCAGGACCACGGGGUCAUCCUGGACCAGCAGGCCCACCGGGACCUACUGGUGCUCAAGGUAUUCCUGGGGACGUGGGUGAGCCAGGAUCUAUGGGUACAUUUGGCCCAAGAGGCCCAGACGGCCCACCAGGAAAACCCGGCCUAGAUGGUGAGCCGGGGCCAUCCGGAAACGCAGGAGAGAACGGACUCCCAGGAUCUCAGGGGCUUCGAGGGUUCCCUGGGUUGCCAGGACAACCAGGACUGAGAGGACUUAAGGGACAUGCAGGUUCUGUAGGAUCCAGGGGUGAACCAGGGGUAACUGGAUCGAAGGGAGAGCAAGGCAACCCUGGUAACAUGGGUGGACUGGGUCCACGGGGUCCUUUGGGAAUGCCUGGAGACAGGGGAAGAAUUGGAUCACCUGGCCCUGUGGGCAAACGGGGAACAUCUGGGGAUAUUGGCAAACCAGGCCCAAUGGGUCCAAUGGGAAUCUCUGGAGGUGCUGGUUUUCCUGGGGCUCCGGGUAUGAAGGGUGAAGCAGGCCCCACUGGCCCCAGGGGCACGGCUGGGGCCCAGGGACAAAGAGGGGAGACUGGACGACUGGGCAACCCUGGACCCUCGGGCAACAAGGGAGCUGCUGGGACUGACGGGAGCCCUGGUUCUAAAGGACCCACGGGAUUGCCUGGCAUUCAGGGGGCUGGGGGACUUCCUGGUCCACUUGGCCCUCCCGGACCUCAGGGAACUACCGGAUUCCCAGGGGUCAAAGGUCAAGCGGGUGAUUUGGGGUCUCCAGGAUUCAAAGGAGAGCCUGGUCUUAAAGGAGAACUUGGUGCGAUUGGGCCUCACGGAGAGAUUGGGCCGUUGGGGGAGGAGGGAAAGAGAGGCCCCAGAGGAGAUGCUGGGUCCCCAGGAGCAGCCGGGCCUGCGGGGGAGAGGGGGGCUCCCGGUAGCCGAGGUUUCCCUGGUUCUGAUGGCCUUCCUGGUCAAAAGGGUGCUCAAGGUGAGCGUGGUGGCGCUGGGACCUCUGGUCUGAAGGGGGUUGGUGGAGACCCCGGUCGUCUGGGAGAACCCGGCCUCCCAGGGGCUAGGGGUUUGACGGGGCUCCCUGGAACACAAGGACCUGAGGGGAAACUCGGACCACAGGGAAGUGCAGGAGAGGAUGGCGGUCCUGGUACGGCUGGAGCUCCCGGUACCAGAGGUUUGGCAGGGACACUGGGCCUGCCUGGUCCAAAAGGUUUCAGUGGAGACGCAGGGAAGAUGGGAGAGGCAGGGACCCCUGGAGUACCUGGCCAGAGAGGAGUGAACGGCAAAGCUGGAGAGGAGGGGGCAGCAGGGCCUCCUGGACCGGCCGGCACUGCAGGAAAGAGAGGUGAACAAGGGCCACCUGGGCUGAAUGGAUUCCAGGGAUUGCCUGGACCCGCAGGCCCACCAGGAGAGUCCGGAAAGCCAGGAAACGAGGGAGUCAACGGAGAGACAGGACCUGCUGGGGCAACGGGACCAAGAGGUGAACGAGGCACCCCUGGAGAGAGAGGCGAACCUGGGCCCAAUGGCCUACCUGGAGCGAAAGGCUUCGCAGGCACACAUGGACCAGAUGGCCCCAAGGGUAAUGCUGGCCCCACAGGCAACCCUGGAGAGUUGGGACCCCCAGGCCUUCAGGGUAUGCCAGGAGAGAGAGGAAGUACUGGCUCUGCUGGACCGAAAGGAGAGAGAGGAGCCAAUGGAGACAAGGGCAGCGAGGGAAAAGCCGGAGCUGAUGGUGCAAGGGGAUUGCCUGGUCUGCUGGGACCUAUAGGCCCAGCUGGGCCAAGUGGAGAGAAGGGUGAGCCAGGACCCCGAGGUCCUCCAGGAAACCCGGGCGCCAGAGCUGUGGCUGGUUCUCCUGGUGAGCCGGGGCCUACUGGGGCUGUUGGAUUUGCUGGAACUCCGGGACCUGAUGGUCAGCCAGGGGUCAAAGGUGAACCAGGCGAUCCUGGAGCCAAGGGAGAGGCGGGGUCUGUGGGACCACAGGGCAUGGCUGGAAAGCCUGGUCCUCGGGGGCUAAUUGGAGUGGGUGGACUGAAGGGUGCUAGAGGAACACAAGGCGCUACGGGUCCAAGUGGUUUCCCUGGAUCUCCUGGUGGAGUUGGACCACCUGGUGGUGUGGGAUCGACUGGAGAAGCCGGGCCUAUAGGCAUGCCUGGUAAGGCGGGAGAGAAGGGCAUCUUUGGGGAGAAGGGUCCCGUUGGACGUGUGGGGGAGCGUGGAGCCCAAGGCCCUGCUGGAAAGGCUGGAGACAAGGGAGAUGCUGGAGAGGAUGGACUAGAGGGUCCCGUCGGCCCUCCAGGUCCUGCUGGCACCACAGGCAUGAGAGGACUGGUUGGUCUGCCUGGCAUGAGAGGAGAGAGGGGCAUGAUGGGUCUCGCUGGUCCCGCUGGUGCUCCAGGAAAGGCAGGGGCGUCGGGCGGUUCCGGAACGAAAGGACCCCCAGGGAUUUCAGGACUGCCGGGCCAGACUGGACCUCGUGGUGAAGCGGGGCCAGAGGGUCUUGCAGGAUCUGAUGGAAUUCCAGGAAAAGAUGGUAUUAUUGGAAGCAGGGGUGACAGAGGAAGCCCUGGUCCCGAAGGACUGGCAGGUGCUCAGGGUGCAACUGGAACCUCAGGCCCCGUAGGCUCACCUGGACACGCAGGAAAGAGAGGACAACAGGGGUCAAGAGGUCCACCUGGCCCUGCAGGUCCAGCUGGUCCUCGUGGAAAGACGGGGCCCCAAGGACCACAGGGUGAUAAGGGUGAGAGAGGAGACAAAGGAGAGAGAGGUCAGAAGGGUCACAGAGGGUUCACCGGCCUCCAAGGCCUCCCUGGAAUAGGCGGUCAAAGUGGAGAUGCUGGGGCUCGUGGAAUCGUUGGGCCCGGCGGCCCAAGGGGAGUCCCAGGCCCGGUAGGACCCCAAGGAAAGGAAGGAGAUCAGGGUGUGCCUGGACCUCAUGGUCCUCCUGGAACCCGGGGAGAAUAUGGUGAAAUUGGACCCGAGGGACCCCCAGGAGAGCCUGGUCCCCCCGGUCUCCCUGGCCCUGUCGGUCCACCCACUGGUGUUGUGGAUGAGCUCUUUGCUGACACUUUCCCUGACUACGAGGGUGAAGACGCAGGCUCCCCAAUGAUCGAUAUCGAGGCCUCCGACGCGGCAGCCAUCGACCCAAAGUCUGAUUCGCCUCCUGAUGUCAUUAAGGACGAGGCGAACCCCGUCAGCAAUGCCAUCAACGGCGUCGCCAAGAGUGCGGCCAAGGUCCGCGCCAACACGGGCAUCCACAUCUCCCUCAAGGCCCUGAGCAGCCAGCUAAACAGCAUGAAGAGCCCAGAUGGCACCCGCAUGCACCCGGCACGCACCUGCGACGACCUCAAGCGCUGCUACCCCGACAAGAAGAGCGGUGAGUACUGGAUUGAUCCCAAUGAGGGCAGUCUGAAUGAUGCCAUCAAGGUGCACUGCAACAUGGAGACAGGCGAGACAUGUAUCUCUGCCCAUCCCACCAGCGUCCCACGCAAGUCCUGGUGGUCGUCUAGCUCUAACCACUCAAAGCCCAUCUGGUUCGGAGGCAACAUGAAUGGAGGAACUCGUUUUACCUACGGGAAUGAGGGGGCCUCUCGUAACUCGGUGGCUGUCCAGCUGACCUUCGUGCGCCUGCUGUCCAAAGAGGCCUCCCAGAUGCUCACCUUCCACUGCCGCAACAGCGUGAUCUACAAGGACGAGAGCACCGGCAACCUAAAGAAGGCAGCCAUCUUGAAGGGAGCUGACGGAGUCGACAUCCGCGCCUUCGGCAACAGCCGAAUGAAAUACACCGUCAGCGAGGACGGCUGCUCCGAUGCUCCCAGUGACUGGGGAAAGACUGUUUUUGAGUACCGGACUCAGAAACCAACCAGACUGCCCAUCGUGGACUUGGCUGCAGUGGAUGUGGGCAGAGCUGAUCAGGAGUUUGGAAUUGAUAUUGGCCCAGUGUGUUUCUCAUAAGUCUGAGGAAAACACCCUAACACAACCUUUCCUUGGCUCGGAACACCAAGGGAUCCAUGAACUUAUCUGCGGAUGGAAUCAGCAGCCUGGCUGACAAACACAGACUUCCUUGCCCAAGACAAGUAUUUAUUACGUCUUCUCAGAUAGACAUCACUAAACACCAAAUUUGUAAUGGGACAGGAAUACCAUGGAGCCAUAUUGAGAAUAUUUUUUUUUAACCACAGCAGUAUUUUACCUCUCAAGUUGAACUUUAUCAUAAUUCCUACUGGUUGGGUUGUUUGGCAAUUUUAGCGGGCAUAUUGACCCACACAAAGAAGUCACCAUGAUCUCUUGUUCAUAACUUUUUUUUUCUUUUUAUUACGUGCAAUCACCCUUUUCUUUAACUAGAAAUAAAACAAAAAAAUUACCACAUGCAAUAAGUUUUAAAUGUUUUGAUAUGUUAGUUAUUUAUGUUGAAUGAAUCAUUAUUGUCCUACUUGUAAUUCUAUCCAGGUGGUGCUAUAUGAAAUCUAAGCUCAGAUUUUUUAUUUGACCUUUUUUUCUCCCUGUUCUUCAGUGGGGCCCCAGGGCAUUGGGUGGGUUAACCUGAAUUAAAGAGGGCCCUGGAAGGCUUGUGUUUGUGUGGUUUGUUGAUGCAGUUUCACUCCCCUUCUCAUCCCCUGCUCUGAACUCUUCAUGGAUUGGAAAAUUAAAUUUCAAAUGGUGCCCCUUCACGUAUCACAUUAUGCAUGCUACCUCUGGAUGUUAUUUAUGGUAAUGCACGGGCGUUUCGAGAGAUGAUUAAUUGCCGGCAGCCUAAUGAGGUUUCCCCCAUGCCAUCAGUGGACUCUGUAGGUGAGGGUUGUGGUAAUCACUUAACAUAAUAUGGUCAUGACCGCAUGAAAAGCAGGUGCAGUCUGGCCAGUAUGAAUGGUUAUUUGUGUCUGCACUGAGCACCAGAUUGUUCUUCUUUUUUGUGCUUUGGACAUCUCAAGACAUUCCAAUUGCUGCUCAGAAUAUCAAUCUCAUCCUUUACAUUCUAUUAUGUGGAGGCCUGUGCCAAAUUAAACAAGUUACUUUGGUUUGACAAUUGA